AGUUUUCUGGCGCUGGCUAGCGGAGCAGCUGUUUCCAGACUGGAGCGGCGGCCUGGCUGGAAGUUCAGUCUCGUUGCGACCGUCGCCGAGGUCGUGUCGUAGCCUGCCGUUUUUGCGGUCGCGCUCUUUGCCUUCCCGCCACGUGCGCUUCUUCCUCUCUCUCUCUCCUUCCUUUCCUUCGUCUCAGUCUUGUCUCAUCAGCCGAUACGUCUCGAAACCGGCUCCCGGUCGGAACUCUCCAUCCGCGGCAAACCACGCGACGUGCACGUCGCCCCGGGAUCCAGGAACGCUUCUACGAACGAAGAGGAACCGAAGAGGAUUCUGUUUCAUUAAGACGCCACAACAGACCGCCAUGAUAUGACACUCGAUUGAGAGGAAGAGCGUGCAACCGACGACCAGCCACCAUGAGGAAGUUACUACAGUUUUUGGUGGUGCUAUUGUUGAGUGUCAAUGCCAGGCGAACGGACGCGAACGCCCCUGUCGAUGACGUUUACGGCGGCCAGCGUCGUGGUGGCUCCCUUCACAAGGCUAAUUACAACAACGGGAACAACAAUUACAAUUCUCAGUCCAACUCGCCCUAUCUGCCGUACCAGCAACCCAGAGAAAGGAAGCCGAACAUAGUGCUGAUUCUGACGGACGACCAGGAUGUGGAACUUGGUUCGCUGAACUUCAUGCCACGGACCCUAAGGCGAAUAAGGGACGAGGGAGCCGAGCUGAGACACGCAUACGUGACCACUCCUAUGUGUUGUCCAAGCAGGAGCUCCUUGCUGACCGGCCGUUACGUUCACAAUCACGAGGUCUUCACGAACAACGACAACUGCAGCAGCCCGCAGUGGCAACGAGAUCACGAGCCUCACUCCUUCGCCGCUUACCUGAGCAACGCAGGAUAUCGUACAGGUUACUUCGGCAAGUAUCUGAACAAGUACAACGGUUCGUACAUACCGCCAGGCUGGCGAGAAUGGGGCGGUCUCAUAAUGAAUUCACGGUACUACAACUACAGCGUGAACAUGAACGGGAAGAAGAUAAAGCACGGCUUCGAGUACAGCAAAGACUAUUACCCGGACCUGAUAGCGAACGACAGCGUGGCUUUUCUACGCCAGAGUAAACACAAUUUCGCCCGGAAGCCGGUGAUGUUGGUCGCGAGUUUCCCGGCGCCUCACGGUCCCGAGGAUUCAGCGCCGCAGUUCUCGCACCUCUUCUUCAACGUCACUACACACCAUACGCCGGCUUACGAUUACGCGCCGAAUCCUGACAAGCAAUGGAUCCUGCAGGUGACGCAGAAAAUGCAGCCGAUUCACAAACAGUUUACGGACCUUCUGAUGACCAAAAGGCUACAAACGUUGCAGAGCGUGGACGAUGCGGUGGACAGGAUUUACCAAGAACUGAAAGAUCUGGGGGAGCUGGACAACACGUACAUCAUCUACACGUCCGACCACGGUUACCAUUUGGGACAGUUUGGCCUGAUCAAAGGAAAGAGCUUCCCGUUCGAGUUCGACGUCAGGGUACCGUUCUUGAUCAGAGGACCUGGAAUCGAACCUGGCACCAUAGUAGACGACAUAGUUUUGAACAUCGACUUGGCGCCGACGUUCCUGGACAUAGCCGGCGUCGAGACGCCCCCGCAGAUGGACGGUCGUUCUUUUAAGAAACUCUUUCAGAAUAAACAUGGAAGAAGAUCGAAGUUUAAGUGGCCGGAUACGUUUCUGAUCGAAUCUUCCGGACGUCGUGAAACUCCGGAAUCGAUCGCAGAAUCGAAAGCACGGGAAGCCAGGAGGCAGAACCAAACGUUGGCGAAACAGCACGCGAACGCCACGCCGGAAGAGGAAGAAGACAACGUUGCCGAUCCAGACGCGGAGCACGAGUCGGAGCAUCGAUUCUUGGAGAACGAUACAGGCAGUGAUCAAGACAUUUCCGAGGAUGACGAUUUCGAGGACUCGAUCAUCGACGAAUCGAACUCUGAUCCACACCUGGAUAAUAGGGUUCAUCCUGUUCACUCAUCCUUCUCGUCGAAGCACGAACGGUUGGCCAUCGAGUGCUCGCGACCGGAAGUCCAGACGAAUUGUAUUCCAGGUCAAAAGUGGCGCUGCGAGAGGGAAGGUCACCGAUGGAGGAGACACAAGUGCAAAUACGCCGCCCCUUCGCCAAGGAUGUCGAAGAAAUGCGCCUGUUUCACGCCAAAUGGAGUCGUUUAUACCAGAUUGGAGUCGAAUGAUUACAUCGAUGGGCAUCGAUAUGGCUUUGGCAGAGACAGAAGACCCACAGAUGUGUAUACGGACGUGGCCAGAUAUUUUGCUAGACGAGGCAAGCGAGACGUGUCAGAUAUGGACAGCGAAGAUGUUAGCCGAGAUAUCGACGGGAACGAUGAUGACUAUAAUGAUGGUGACCGGGACCGACGAGCCAUCGAUGAGGAGGACGACGAGGACUUCUUCCAGGAACUGAACAGCCUCGCGAACGAUGUUAAGAGGGAAUACGUAAACUUGAUCUUCAGGGACAGGAUUGAUAACCGAACGUCGGAAGACGAGUCUCUCGAGUUCGAUAAUUUAAAUGAAUCUGAAUACUCGAUCAAUGACUUCGAUCCUAGUUUGGAUAAAGUAGUGAAAGGACGGCUGAACAUUGAAGACGUGGUAAAAAGACACAGGAGGAUACGAAGGAGUGUCGCGAAGAAAGACACUGUGGAACAUGUGACAAAGAUCAUGGAGAGUAUCGAAGAAGAACUGGAUGAUUUAAAGGCGACCCAAGCACGGCAAUCAGAAUCAAAAAGAACGUUUCCACCGAAAUGUUCGGUUCUUCCACAAGGAGGCGUGAACUGCUCAGAAACCGUGUACCAAGAUCCCAACGAAUGGCGAAUUUCGAGGCGAGAAAUUGAACAACAGAUCAGAGAAAUGAGGUUGCAGUUGGAAACUUUAAAAGAUAUUCGUCGUCACUUGAUGACCAAGCGACCUCAAGUUAUGCGAGAACCAGAGGAUGGGUCAAAGAACGCAGAGGAAGCACACAAAUCGCACCAUCACCCUUCGAAGAACCACGUGAAUCGCCAUCACAAGAAACACGAUCACACUACUACGCUUAAUCCUACUGCAUCAACCAUUCGUUCCAUCGUGAAACACAACCAAGUGGCGGAAGAUAGAACUGCAUUUACAGAUACUACGGAGAAGUCCAGAUUUAACGUUACAGUCACAGAAAGUACCGAUAUCGAUACGACCACCACGACUGAACCAACAUCCACCACGUUAUCAACGACUUCCAAACAAAAAAAGGCGCCUCGUCGUCAAAAGAUGAAGGAAAUCGUCGGUAACAGGACGGAAGUGGAGGAUGAUAAACCACAAAGGCGCAGGAAGUUUCAUCAUCAUCGAAGGAACAAUACUCUGUUCACAAACAGCGUGCAUGAUGAGACUCCAAUAGUGAAUGUUAGUGAAACAAUGGAGACGACUGUGACUACGCAAAGCACGACACCGAAUCAGAGGCAUCAGAAGUAUCAUCAAACCAAGUAUGCAACUGUUCCUACCACGACGAUGAAAGAAACCACGAUUCGAAAGGAGACUUCUAACAGUAUAGGAGCCACGAAUGACUUUACCAAAGAAACUACGAUAGGAACAAACGCCCAAACGGUGCUAUCAACAGGAUCAGAGACAGGGUCUACUCUCGGUGAAUCGACAGAGCCACAAAGAACGACUCCGGUGUUUCCCAGGACAAGUACCGAAGCUCGUUCGAGAACGUUCCCGUCUACGACUGUGACUACGACGCCUAUGACCACACCAGUUACGGCGUCUUCGACUAGAAGGUUUCCAAAGGUGCAGAAGAAUAGGACGACCAAUCUUGGACCUUCUAGGAUCGAUGUUACUAUUUUGGAAUCUCCUGAUAGAAGGAACAGGCAAGAUAUAAUAGAUAUAGCAAAUAGUAAUCGUCGACUACCACCGAUGUUGAACAGUCCUCUAGAAGCUCGUCAUAAGUGCUACUGCGAGCCUGAUUCUUACUCGAAAAAAGAUGAGAAAGAAAUUGCUCGAGAGGAAAGAAGAAGGUUGAAGGAAGAACGUUUGAAGAAAAAGGAAAGGAAAUUGAGGAAGAAGGCCAAACUCGAGAAGGAAUGUUUAACGGAGAAGAUGAACUGCUUCGAACACGAUAACGACCAUUGGCGCACAGCUCCGUUAUGGAGCGCGGGACCAUUCUGUUUUUGUAUGAAUGCUAAUAAUAAUACGUAUUCGUGCAUUCGUACCAUUAACGCGACACACAACUUCCUUUAUUGCGAGUUUACUACUGGCUUGGUCACUUAUUACAACCUCAGGAUCGAUCCAUUCGAACAGUGGAACAGGCUUUCAUCUUUAACAUCUUCAGAACGUUCCUAUCUUCACGAUCAAUUGGAACAUUUGAAGGGCUGCAAAGGAACAAGGGAUUGUACGGUUGGAAGCGCGAGGGAAGCGUUGCCACAACUGCAGCAACAUCAGAGAUUCAUUUCAAAGAGAAAAUAUGCAAAUUCCUUUGAAGAUAUGUUCAUACCAUCAACGUUACAAAUUAUUCGAGAAAGCGAACUCAGUAGCCCGCCGAAUAAGAGACGAAAAAAGUUGCAAACGAGCGUUUGGAACAGACGAAGCAGAAGCUGGCAAAGUAGUUGGAGGCAUCAUCAAGACGCGGUGAAUUAUCGUCGACACAGACAUCAGUACUGAUAAUCAUGGUUCGUUUAUUUCUCUUUGGACAAGUCGUCGAAGGAUGCGUGACAGCAUUGCCUUAGAUGUAUAUUAAUUUCGCGAUGCAUUUAAUAACGUAAUUUAUUUAGUGAUAUUUAAUUGAGAAAGGAUACGUGAUAUUUAAUUGAGAAUGUUCGGAUUCUAUUAAUUAGACUCGCGUUGCUCGAUACGAGUACACCGUGUAUAUUUUUAACAUUAUACUUUUUACGGCAAAAUUAUUGCGACUGAUCGGACGCGUACCGCGUGUACUAUAAUCACGCGUAUUUAACAAUCGAAAACGAUCUAAACAAUCUUUUUUUACUUAAUAGCCGAUAUUUUUUAUAAUAAUUUAUUUACUACUACGUCCCUUUAAGUCUCUUUAUACAAGAAGCGAAUUAUCUCGAAUAAAACUAUAUUUGCCUAACGAGAUUUAGAGAAAUUUAAAAAAAUCUUCGAUUAUCCAGAACUAGCAACACGAUACUUCUUUACGAGGUGAAUAACCGAUAUCAGUAGCUUUAUAGACAAUAGAGUGUCUAAGAGGAGAGAAGGAUAUGAGAGUUCGUCUAUCGCGUUAAAGAGCUAUUUCAAACUCGAAUUCUACGUGACUACGAACUGAAACGCACAACGAAAGAACAAAACACAAUAUAAAAAUCGUCCUGCCAAAAGCCUUUUACCUUUCCUUACGAAAAUUUCUAUACACCAAUACGUUCAUGAAACGUUUAUUCUAUCAAAACUGCCAUUCGUUUAAUUCUUUCGUAUUGCCUUCAAGCAAUCAUGUUGCAGAAUAAAUUGUCACUUUUGUAUCUAACAAUCGUUCUGGCCAAUCGUUACUAGGAUGUUUGAGUAGAGACAGGAAAAAGAAAGGUAAUUUAAGCCACAAUGCUAAGACUGUACGAGUUUCAAUGAGAACAAUUAAAAAAGCAACUUUUAACAUCAUUUAUUCUGCGUAAUUUCCUGUCUUUCUAGAAACAGUAUGAAAACUUUUGUGAUUGCUACAUCUAACAAUCUCUGUUAUAAAAAAAAAAAAAAAAUUGAAUGCUAAUGGAUGCAUAUGCUGCUAUAGGUAUACAAGCAAAAAGUAAACUUUGCUUACUUAAAACGUUUGCUUGAACAAUUAUAAAAGAGUCUUAGACAAUAUUUGUCCUUUUACAAUUUCUAUUGUUGUAGUUGAAAUAUUACAUAUCUAUGCGUCACUAUACAAUAGCUAGAUGCUUGUUUCCAUUAGCAUUUUAUUUUUUUACAAGUAUAUGUCUGUGUUAUGUACUAGAUUCUCAGUUAGUGCCCUGAGAAUAUCUUCAAGAUUUUGAAGUUAAAGCAAUGUAUUUAAAUCAUGUGAAAUAAAUAAAUAAAUACUGUCCAAA